AUGAUGUUUGGCCAACGAUCCUCCGGAUUAGACCAGUUAAUACGUCGCCCAGAGCGUAGCCUUUGGGAAGAGUUUCGCCAAAGGCCGUGCGUCUUUCUCGCCAAACAGAUUUACACAUCUCGGAGUCUCAUUCCUGCCCAGCCAGUCUCAAACGCGGUCUCUGUUGUGUGCAUAUCCGACACCCAUAAUUAUCAACCACAACUGCCUGAUGGCGAAAUACUCAUUCACGCUGGGGAUCUAUCCCAGUCAGGAACAUUUGAUGAAGUCCAGAAAACCAUCCUCUGGAUACGCCAACAGCCAUUCGAGCACAAGGUUGUAAUAGCAGGAAACCAUGAUCUGAUUUUGGAUCCUUCUCGAGAUCAACACAAUAAUGCUGCGAGAUCCCAGCUAGAGUGGGGUGACAUCAUAUAUCUGGAGAACUCCUCUGCAACAUUGACCUGCUCAAAUGGUCGCCGCCUAACUGUCUACGGAAGCCCUUACUCGCCAAAGCAUGGCAACUGGGCAUUCCAAUAUCCGCGACAUCAUGAUGUGUGGUCUGAAACCCCUUUUGGGGAUAUUGAUAUUGAUAUCCUUAUUACUCAUGCUCCACCAAGAGGACACCUUGACCUAAUGUCUCUUGGCUGUACGCAUCUCUUGUCAAAGUUGUGGCAAACCCGGCCGUUGCUCCACGUAUUCGGGCAUGUCCAUGCAGGCUAUGGCCAGGAAUGGUUACAGUUUGAUGCAGUCCAGGAAGCAUACGAGAGAACCAUUGUCGCUGGGGGUGGCAUAUUGAAUCUCGUCUACCUUGCAUACCGACGCUUCCUUGCUUGCUUCGAGGCCCCCAUGGAGUCGCGAUGCCUAUUGGUUAAUCCAGCAAUCAUUGGGGGACUCUACGAUGAGAAAACAAGGAAUCCCAUCCAGGUUGUGAUUUGA